GGCCCACUGUCCACACGACACAACGCACGCAUCGAACUGGACAGACGCGGCGUGGGGGGGAGGCAGCGCAAAACCCUCUUCCUCGCACGCCCCGCCUCCACCGACCGCCGCCGCCGCCGAUCGCCGGAGGUCAUUGCACGCUAACCUUCUAUCUGAAAAUGGGCUCUAGUUCAGAAGAUGAUUAUGAAAUUAGUGAUUCUGAGAUUGAUGAGCGUGAAGCGGAGGUUUAUGAACAAUUAAAAUCAGGAAACAUAAAAGUGAAAGAUCGUGAGGCCUACAGUUGUCCAUUCUGCAGGGACAAAAGGAAAAAAGAUUACAGCAAGAGUAACCUACUUCAGCAUGCCACAGGAGUAGGUUCAGCUGCUAAUCGACAAGCAAAAGACAAGGCAACCCACCGUGCCCUUGCCAAAUAUUUGAAGGAUGAAUCUGCCAGGUCAUCUGAGCCACAGACACAACUGACCGUGCUUAUAGAGCCUCAAAAUCUCGGAAACAGAGAUGAUCAGUUUGUCUGGCCCUGGAUGGGUGUUCUAGUUAAUGUGCCUACUGAGUGGAAGAAUGGGCGCCAAGUUGGAGAGAGUGGAAAUCGGCUGAAGGAGCAACUUUCACACUUCUGCCCACAGAAGGUUAUUCCUUUGUGGAACUAUAGAGGUCAUACAGGCAAUGCCAUCGUUGAGUUUGCCAAAGACUGGACUGGCUUCAAAAAUGCACUAGCCUUUGAAAAUCAUUUCGAGGCAGAGGGUUAUGGCAAAAGGGACUGGAAGCUGAAGAAGUACCGAGGGUCAGAGAUGUUUGGAUGGGUUGCAAGGGUUGAUGAUCAUAGAUGUCAAGGGCCUAUAGGAGACCAUUUGCGAAAAAAUGGUGAUCUGAAAACUGUUGGUGAUCUUGAAAAUGAAGGGAUCCGUAAAACUGAUAAGCUUGUCGCUAAUUUAGCAAGCCAGAUUGAAGUAAAGCACAGGCAUGUGCAAGAACUUGAAUCCAAGUGCAAUGAGACAACUGCAUCGCUUGACAGGAUGAUGGAGCAAAGGGAGCAGCUCCUCCAGAAUUACAAUGAAGAAAUUCGCAAGAUCCAGCAAAUUGCUCGUAGGCAUUCACAGAGGAUCAUUGAUGAGAAUCAAAAGCUACGUUCAGAGUUGGAGUCCAAGAUGCAGGAACUUGACUCAAGAUCCAAGGAGCUUGAUGAGUUAGCUUCGCAAAGCGAUUACGACAGAAGGAACCUUCAGCAAGAGAAGGAAAAGAACCAAAUGAAAACUAAGCAUCUUAAGAUGGCAACAAUGGAGCAACAGAGGUCCGAUGAGAACGUUCUUAAGCUUGUGGAAGAACACAAGAGGGAGAAACAAGUUGCUCUGGAAAAAAUCCUCAAGUUACAACAGCAACUGGACGCCAAGCAGAAGCUCGAGUUAGAUAUACAACAGCUGCAGGGAAAAUUGGAAGUUAUGAAGCAUAUGCCUGGUGAGGAAGAUUCUGAAUCAAAGAAGAAGAUAAAAGAACUCAGUGAGGAUCUACAAGAUAAGUAUGAUGAAAUGGAGGCAAUGGAAUCACUGAACCAGACUCUGGUUAUCAAAGAAAGAAAGAGCAACGAUGAGUUGCAAAAUGCUCGGAAGGAGCUGAUAGCUGGCUUUAAGGAGCUUUCUGUUGGCCGAAUAAAUAUAGGUAUCAAGAGAAUGGGCGAACUUGAUCCUAAAGCAUUCGGAAAUGCUUGCAGGAAAAGGUUAUCGAAAGAUGAUGCAGAAGUCACUUCUGCUAUCCUUUGUUCAAAAUGGGAAGAUGAAAUUAGAAACCCAAACUGGCACCCUUUCAAAGUUGUAUUGAUUGAUGGAAAAGAAACGGAAGUUCUUUCAGAGGAGGAUGAGAACCUUAGCAAGCUGAAAGAAGAGCACGGCGAAGAAAUCUAUGUGCUGGUAACAAAGGCAUUGGUUGAGAUCAAUGAGUACAAUCCCAGUGGCCGCUACCCUGUACCAGAGCUGUGGAACUUCAAGGAGGGCCGGAAAGCAACCCUGAAGGAAGCCGUCCAGCAUGUCAUGAAGCAGUGGCGGACUCACAAGAGGAAGCGUUGAUCCAUUUGUCAUGUUGGGUUCUUCUGCCUGAGCUCUGCUGUGCUGGACACUUGAACUAGGCAGGGUGUCGACGGUUUAAGUUAACUCCUAAUGGUGAUAUUGGGUGUAGGCUAUGGUUUACUAAUAUUAGAUUUAAGUUGCUGGGGUUCUUCUGGAUUCUCCUGCUUUAGCAUUGACAUGAAAUGCUGCUGUAAUUUCAGAAUGUGAACAGCGUCAUGGACCUACUGUCCAACUUGCCGAAGCAGAGGCAUGUUAGAGCUUUCUGUUCAUGCAUCUUAGAUGUGAUGGGCAAUGCUUGGCAGGCAUAUGUCCCUGCAGCACUCUUGAACGGCAAAAGUUUCUGUCAGUAGUUAUUUAAGUAUGCUGAUGGGUGAUAUCAUGGUUUAAAAUUUCCAAGUGCCUGCA